GACAGACAGACAGGGGGCUCUGGGGAACGGACGGCUAGCCAGACAGACUCUGCCGGCCGAGUGACAUCUCCACUCCUGCCAUCGGUGGAAGCCCCUGGAUCCAGCUCCCCAGCCAUGGACCCCCCCUCCAACCUGUCGUCCCCCUCCAACGGCUCGUUCGUGGGUGGGCUGCCGGAGGCGGUGGGGCUAAGCCUGCUGGGGGCGGCCGGGGCAGCCGGGAACCUGUACACGCUGGCGGUGGCACGGGCCGGGGCCGUCCCCAACCCGCUCCACGUCCACAUCGUCCACCUGGCGCUGGCCGACCUGCUGUACCUGGCCGGGGUGCCCUUCGUCGUGCACAAUGGGCUGGCGCGGGACUGGCACUUCGGCGAGGCCGGCUGCCGGGCCCUGCUCAGCCUGGACCUGCUCACUAUGCACGCCAGUAUCUUCCUGCUGACCCUGCUGAGCACCGAGCGGUGCCAGGCCGUGCGGCGCCCCUUCCGGGCCGCCCGCCGCUCCCCCGCCCGCCGCCGGGCCCUGGCUGGGGCCGCCUGGGCCGCCGCCUUCGUCCUGGCGCUGCCCAUGAUGCUGAUGGUGCGGCAGGAGGAGCGGGCGGCGGGCGACGGCCGGGUGCGGCGGCUCUGCGUGCCCACCUGGCACGAGGCCCAGUACAAAACCUACCUGACCGUGCUCUUCGGCACCAGCAUGGUGGGGCCCGGGCUGGCGCUCGGGUACCUCUACGGGCGGCUGGCCCGGGCCUACUGGCUCUCGCAGACCCGGGGGGUGCUGGGCCCCCGGCGGGGGCCGAAGCAGCGGGUCUUCCUCCUCAUUUUCCUCAUCGUCGUGGCCUUCUGGGUCUGCUUCCUGCCCUUCUGGCUCUGGCAGCUGGUGCCUCUCUACAGCCCGGGCACAGCCGCCCGCCUGCCCGUGGCCACCGAGAUCUACAUCAACCACCUGGUCACCUGCCUGACCUACAGCAACAGCUGCAUCAACCCCUUCCUCUACACGCUGCUGACCCGCAGCUACCGCAACUACCGACAGGCGCGACGGGCCGGGCGCAGGGCGGUGCCGCGGGCACAGGAUGCGGGGCGCUGAGCAGCCAACAGACCUCCACAGGAGCGGCACCCCCUGCAGCCGGGCCCUGGACAUGGCCCCCCCUCGCCAGCCCCCCGUGAGGACGAUGCAUCAGCCCCCAGCGACCCCUCAAGCCCACGCAGCCGGGACCAGAUGCAAAAGGAACAGCCCCAGCGAGAAACAAGGCGCCAGGACUCCUGGGUUCUCCACAGCCGACUGCGCUGGGAGGGAAGGUGGGGGGCAGGACUCCUGGGUUCUCUCCCUGGCGCUGGGAGGUGUUGUACCUCCUGCGGUACCUUUGAGGACCCCUCUACGAAGUGGACAUGUGGGGGGGGCUGGUUUCUACGCCGGGGGGAGGUAACCAGAGCCCCCCAGGCACUACCACAGCGGGGGGGCCAUGCCCCCUGUGCCCAGCUCGUGACACGCUGCCCGCGAGAGAGGUGGCACAAGCCGGCACCGUGUCUGCCCUUGGGGUCAGCAAAGAGAGAGCCCCCCCGGUCCC